UGUUGACAUAUUUGGUGUUUUUUUAUAAGCAUUCCAAGUACUUUGGUUCCCAUGACCCACAAAGCCAAAUGUUGUCUACAUGGGCGGCUUCCAGUGCAAACCAGCUAAGCCACUUCCAGAUGAACUUGAGAAGUUUGUGCAGAGCUCAGGAGAGCAUGGGGUCAUCAUCAUGUCUUUAGGAACUGUUUUUGGUCAGCUUCUGAGUGAAAUCAAUGAUGAGAUUGCUGCAGCUUUUGCCCAACUGCCUCAAAAGGUUAUUUGGAGACACACAGGACCGAAACCUGCCAAUCUUGGUAACAAUACUCUGAUUGUGGACUGGCUCCCCCAGAAUGACCUGCUCGGACAUCCUCAAACUAAACUGUUUGUAGCACAUGGAGGCACCAAUGGAGUUCAGGAAGCCAUCUACCAUGGAGUGCCUAUUGUGGGCCUUCCUUUAGCUUUUGACCAACCUGACAAUCUCUCCAGGAUGCAAGCAAAAGGAACAGCAAAAAUUUUAGAUUUUGCAACUUUAGACAGUACUGUGUUUCUAGAGGCAUUAAAGGAGGUUUUGCAUAACCCAUCUUACAAGGAGAACACGCAGAGACUAUCCAAGCUGCACCAUGACCAGCCAAUGAAACCUCUUGAUCGUGCUGUCUUCUGGAUUGAGUUUGUCAUGAGGAAUAGAGGAGCUCCUCAUUUACGAACACAGUCUUUCAGAAUGUCCUGGAUUGAGUACCACUCUAUAGAUGUUAUUUUGACUUUAAUGGCGACACUUUUCACUUUUGCCUUUGUCAUUGUGUAUGUAAUUAGAUAUCUUUAUAGAGUUUGUAUCAAAAUAAAAUAAAACAUGAGUGAUGCACAGGCAGGAAAUGGCAUCUAUGUCUUCUGAUUGUGAUAGCAUGUGUUUUUCUGGAAAUCUGAAGUUUUUUUUUUAUUAUUAGUGUCUCUUGAUUCUAAAUGUAAACAUAAUAAUCAUAAUAAUCCAAAGCAUGAGACAGAAAGUGCAAUCCAAAGCCAAUUCAGUAUUCCCUUUGAUUUGUUGGUAAUUUUGUAUCAACUGUUUGAAGCUGCAUUUUUGGCUGUUAGUGUUCAAUAAAUAAUUGUAUUGUGACCUGA